GCCUCGGCGAAGGACGCUGGCUGCGUUGUUCAUUCAACAUGGCAGCGGGACCAAUAUCAGAGAGAAACCAAGACGCCACUGUGUAUGUUGGCGGCUUGGAUGAAAAGGUGUCAGAGCCGUUGCUAUGGGAGCUUUUCCUGCAGGCUGGUCCUGUGGUCAACACACACAUGCCCAAAGACAGGGUCACUGGCCAACAUCAAGGUUAUGGCUUUGUGGAGUUCCUUAGUGAAGAGGAUGCUGACUAUGCCAUUAAAAUCAUGAAUAUGAUAAAGCUUUAUGGCAAACCAAUCCGAGUCAAUAAAGCCUCUGCGCACAACAAAAACCUGGAUGUGGGUGCUAACAUCUUCAUUGGUAAUCUGGACCCAGAGAUUGAUGAGAAACUGCUCUACGACACAUUCAGUGCCUUUGGUGUGAUCCUCCAGACGCCAAAGAUCAUGCGAGACCCAGACACGGGCAACUCCAAGGGUUACGCUUUCAUCAAUUUUGCAAGCUUUGAUGCGUCAGAUGCCGCCAUUGAGGCCAUGAACGGCCAGUACCUCUGUAACAGGCCCAUCACGGUGUCCUACGCCUUCAAGAAGGAUUCCAAGGGAGAACGACAUGGCUCAGCUGCAGAGCGACUCCUGGCUGCGCAGAACCCUCUCUCCCAGGCAGACAGGCCACAUCAGCUGUUUGCAGACGCCCCUCCACCACCAUCCGCUCCGACACCCGUCCUAACUGCACUAGGAUCUGGGAUGCCCAUGCCAGGCAUGCCACCUCCUGGUUUCCCACCCGUUCCUCCUCCCGGAUCAAUGCCCCCAUCAAUGCCCCCAUCAAUGCCCAUGCCUCCAAAUGCAGGGGGACCAUCCCCACAGGGUGGCGGUGGUGGGCCUCCACCUGGACCACCACCCUUCCCUCCAGGCAACAUGCAUCCAGCUAUGCCUCAGAUGCCCAUGCCCCCGCCUGCUCCUCCUGGCAUGGUGCCUCCACCUCCUGCUCCCCCAGGAUCAAAUCAAGCACGGGCACCGCCACCCCCUGGCAUGCCCCCACCUCCGCCUAUGGGCAUGCCACCCAGAGCACCAUAUGGGCCUCCCAUGGGUCCACCUGUGCCUCCAGGUAUGAGAGGGCCUCCUCCCAUGCCUCCACCUGGCUACGGUGCUCCUCGUCCUCCUCCUUUUGGCUUCCAGAGAGGGCCGCCGAUGCCGCCGAGACCCCCCGGUGUCCCACCCCGCGUUCCUAUGAGAGCACCAAUGCCACCGUAAUCCAUCUCAGACUGCUGACUCAAGCUCUCGUUUAG